GACUCAAGUGGCACAUGAGGAUCCACACUAGAAAGAAGAAGUCCCACAGCUGUGACCUCUGUGGUAAAAAAUUUAGCCACAUUAGCCAACUCAGAGCUCACCGCAGAAUCCACACUGGAGAGAAGCCCUACAGCUGUGACCUCUGUCCUAAAACCUGUAGCCAGGCUGGUAGUCUCAGAUCACACCGCAAGAGCCACACUGAUAAGCCCUACAGCUGUGACUUCUGUGAUGAAACCUUCAGAGAGACUAAGGAAUUAACAGUUCACCGCAGGAUCCACACUGGAGAGAAGACCUACAGCUGUGACCUCUGUGAUAAAACCUUUAGCCAGGCUGGCAAUCUCAAAUAUCACCGCAUGAUCCACACUGGAGAGAAGCCCUUCAGAUGUGACCUCUGUGGUAAAACCUUUACCCAGGCAGGCAAUCUCAAACAUCACUACAGGAUCCACACUGGAGAGAAGCCCUUCAGCUGUGACCUCUGUGGUAAAACCUUUACCCAGACAGGCCAGCUCAGACGUCACCGCAGGAUCUACCACACUGGAGAUAAGCCCUACAGCUGUGACCUCUGUGAUGAAAACUUCAGAGAGACUAAGGAAUUAACAGUUCACCGCAGGAUCCACACUGGAGAUAAGCCCUACAGCUGUGACCUCUGUGAUGAAACCUUCAGAGAGACUAAGGAAUUAACAGUUCACCGCAGGACCCACACUGGAGAGAAGCCCUACAGCUGUGACCGCUGUGGUAAAACCUUUAGCUAUGCUUGCAAUCUCAGACUUCACUACAUGAGCCACACUGGAGAGAAGCCCUUCAGCUGUGACCUCUGUGGUAAAACCUUUACGCAAGCAGGCAAUCUCAGACAUCACCGCAUGAUCCACACUGGAGAGAAGCCCUUCAGCUGUGACCUCUGUGGUAAAACCUUUACCCAGGCCGGCAAUCUCCGACAUCACCGCAUGAAAUACCACACUGGACAUAAGCCCUACAGCUGUGACCUCUGUGAUGAAACCUUCGGAGAGACUAAGGAAUUAACAGUUCACCGCAGGAUCCACACUGGAGAGAAGCCCUACAGCUGUGACCUCUGUGAUAAAACCUUUAGCAAUACUGGCAAUCUCAGAUAUCACCGCAUGAUCCACACUGGAGAGAAGCCCUUCAGCUGUGACCUCUGUGGUAAAACCUUUACCCAGGCCGGCAAUCUCCGACAUCACCGCAUGAAAUACCACACUGGACAUAAGCCCUACAGCUGUGACCUCUGUGAUGAAACCUUCGGAGAGACUAAGGAAUUAACAGUUCACCGCAGGAUCCACACUGGAGAGAAGCCCUACAGCUGUGACCUCUGUGAUGAAACCUUCAGAGAGACUAAGGAAUUAACAAUUCACCGCAGGAUCCACACUGGAGAGAAGACCUACAGCUGUGACCUCUGUGAUAAAACCUUUAGCAAUACUGGCAAUCUCAGAUAUCACCGCAUGAUCCACACUGGAGAGAAGCCCUUCAGCUGUGACCUCUGUGGUAAAACCUUUACCCAGGCAGGCAAUCUCAGACAUCACCGCAUGAUCCACACUGGAGAGAAGCCCUUCAGCUGUGACCUCUGUGGUAAAACCUUUACCCAGGCCGGCAAUCUCCGACAUCACCGCAUGAAAUACCACACUGGACAUAAGCCCUACAGCUGUGACCUCUGUGAUGAAACCUUCGGAGAGACUAAGGAAUUAACAGUUCACCGCAGGAUCCACACUGGAGAGAAGCCCUACAGCUGUGACCUCUGUGAUGAAACCUUCAGAGAGACUAAGGAAUUAACAAUUCACCGCAGGAUCCACACUGGAGAGAAGACCUACAGCUGUGACCUCUGUGGUAAAACCUUUACCCAGACUGGCCAGCUCAGAAAUCACCGCAGGAUCUACCACACUGGAGAUAAGCCCUACAGCUGUGAUGAAACCAUAAAACAGCCAGGCAAUCCCAGAGUUCGCGCCUUAAUGCACGGACUUACCUGGGAUUAAGCCCGGGGCCUUGACCAAUAAGGGGCCUGUUAAUAAUAAUACAAAAUAAUAAUGAUGAUAAACGUCCGUAUUCGCAGUGUCAUUACUCUGCUCUACAGUGGCAUCCGGUGGUGGAUGUGGAGGGAGGCCCCCCCCCCCCUCCCCCUUAUCGAAACAAAA